GCGGCGGCGGCGGCGGCGGGCGGGGAGCGCGGCGGGCGGGGGCUCCGCCUUGAGCGUGGGGCGCUGAGUUGAGAGGCGCGGAGGCUGCUAGGGCGCUAGGGGGGCUUAGGAGGCAGCACGGCGACGCCUCCCCGCCACCCGCCGCAACAUGGGCAGCGCGGAGGACGCAGUCAAAGAGAAACUGCUGUGGAACGUGAAAAAGGAGGUGAAGCAAAUCAUGGAGGAGGCUGUCACCAGGAAGUUUGUGCAUGAGGAUAGCAGCCACAUCAUUGCUCUGUGUGGUGCAGUGGAGGCUUGCCUCCUACAUCAGCUGAGACGCCGUGCUGCGGGCUUCCUGCGCAGUGACAAGAUGGCGGCCCUGUUCACCAAGGUGGGAAAGACAUGCCCAGUGGCUGGGGAGAUUUGCCACAAGGUACAGGAGCUGCAGCAACAAGUAGAGGGCAGGAAACCCUUAGCAGGCAACCAGGAUGCCCUGCGGAGACAGGGCUCUGCCAGCGGGAAGGGCCCAGCUCUCAGCCUACAGGCCUUAAAGCACAUAUGGGUGCGCACAGCGCUCAUCGAGAAAGUGUUGGACAGGGUCAUGCAGUACCUGGUGGAGAACUGCAGCAAGUACUACGAGAAGGAGGCUUUACUGGCAGAUCCUGUGUUUGGCCCCAUCUUGGCCUCUCUUCUAGUGGGACCCUGUGCCUUGGAGUACACCAAGCUCAAGACAGCUGAUCACUACUGGACUGACCCCUCUGCUGAUGAGCUGGUCCAGAGGCACCGUAUCCGGGGUCCCCCCAGUCGCCAGGACUCCCCUGCAAAGCGCCCAGCCCUAGGAAUUCGGAAGCGGCAUUCAAGUGGCAGUGCGUCAGAAGACAGGCUGGCUGCCUGCGCCCGCGAGUAUGUGGAGUCCCUGCACCAGAAUUCCAGGACACGCCUGCUCUAUGGCAAGAACAACGUGCUGGUGCAGCCGAAGGAGGACAUGGAGGCCGUCCCUGGCUACCUCUCCCUGCACCAGUCUGCAGAGAGCCUAACUCUGAAGUGGACCCCCAACCAGCUCAUGAACGGGACUCUGGGGGACUCCGAGUUGGAGAAAAGCGUUUACUGGGACUAUGCCCUGGUUGUUCCCCUCAGUCAGAUCGUCUGCAUCCACUGCCACCAGCAAAAGAGCGGCGGCACGCUCGUGCUGGUGAGCCAGGAUGGCAUCCAGAGGCCACCGCUGCACUUCCCACAGGGAGGACACCUGCUGUCCUUUCUGUCCUGCCUGGAGAAUGGGCUGCUGCCCCGAGGCCAGCUAGAGCCCCCACUCUGGACCCAGCAGGGGAAGGGGAAAGUGUUCCCCAAGCUACGGAAACGCAGCAGCAUACGGACCGUGGAUGUGGAGGAGAUGGGCACCGGGUGGGCCACAGACUACGUGUUCCGGAUCAUUUACCCCGGCCACAGGCACGAGCACAUCACUAUUAACUACCACCACCUAGCGGCCAGCCGCGCGGCCUCGGUGGACGAUGAUGAGGAAGAGGAGGAUAAACUGCACGCGAUGCUCUCAAUGAUCUGCUCGCGGAACCUCACAGCUCCCAAUCCGAUGAAAGACCCCAGAGUUAGUAAGAUCUAUGUUCUACAGAUAAACAUCCCUUGUGGGAAACAAGGCCUAGCUCACCAAUAUAAUGUACACAACACAGAGCCAACUGUGCCAACUUCUGAAGUAAACAUCAUAUAUGCCAGUCAACCAGAUAAACCAAAGGAAGAAUUUAAAGACAAAAGAACAAUGAAAACAGUUUCUUAG